AAUGUCAAGUACUUCUAACCUCAAUUUGACAAUAAAUAAUUUUUAUUUUCGAAUAUUUAUUUUCUUUCCAUAAUUUUAUAUUCAUAUAAUACUAUUUCAAAAUGGAAUUGGUAUCCAAGAGAGCAUUUCUUCAAAUGGUAUCACCCCUAAUACAAUUCAAACGCUUUCGAGGAAAAAUAAAUAUUCAAAGACCCAGAUUACCUCAUUUUGAGAAGGCAAAAUAUUUGGCAUUCACAAAACCAUGGUUUAUUAAUCCAAAGAAAGAUAAGUCACAAGUUGAAUUGUGCAAAGGUUUUGGUGAAAAGUUGUUUGAGAAGGAUAAAGAAAACCCAUUUCAAGAGAUUAUAGCACAAGAGCUCCGUAGAUGGCUCACUACCUCUAGAUUAGUAGUAUUUUAUCAUCAUAAUCCCAUGAAUGCAGAAGAUGAGUUCAAGGCAUAUGUUAUGUUCAAAAAACAGAAAAUGCAUUUCAAAAAGUAUGGUAAAAGAACAUUGGAGAUGGCAGUUGGUGGUACUCCUUAUGAAACAAUAUUAGACUUGUAUGUAUCACACAAUAUGACUGUGUUCAGUCCAGAACCUGAAAUCAAGAAAAUGUUGAAUAUAACAAAGAAAUUCCCACAGUUAGUUCUGCUUGCUGGAAUAUUGGAAGGAAAAUUAGUUAGCAAAAAUGACCUCGUCAAAUACAGUAUGAUACCAAGCCUCCAGAUGGCACAAGCAGGCUUAGUGCAGACCAUCAAUAGUGUAGGUAGCCAACUAGUUAGCAAUUUGAAUAGUCAUCAGAACACUUUGGUAUCUCAUCUAAGUGAAAGGGCAAAACAACUGGAGGAAGAUAAAUAGUGUAAUUAUUGUUUAUUAAAUAGAACAUCAUAAUAAUAUCACAUCUAUUUUUUCCCUUUCUUACUCUUGCUUUUUUCUUUCUUCAGCUUAUUCUUUUUGUCCUUUGUAUCCUUGGUAGUCUUGACAGAUUCAUUUUUGGCAACUAUAUCUGGCUCAAGAUCGUAAUGUAAGAAAAGAGCAAAGUUUGGCAGUGAGAGGAAUCUUAUUAGGGGCAAGUUCCUCAGGUACAGCUUGCAGAACAAUUCCAAUACUAUAUUUGUUUCUUUGUGAGAAAGAAAUCGUGAACUGUGUGGAGGAAACUGAAAAUUUUAGGUUUCAGGUAUGUAUCUGAUUCCAGUUGAUGUGGAAUAUACCAGGUUACAACAUAUAAUCGUCAGACAAGCCAUAAUUUCCAAAGUUCCAAGGGAAUGAGAUUCUAACAUGGUUGGGUUAUUGAAUCUUAACUUUGGAAAUCUAAAUUUGUUCAAAUGCAAUAUCCAUUUUUAUAUCCUUGAAUGCUGGAGAAGAUUAUGAGUAUCAUCACAUGAUCUUAAUUGAAACGAGCUCAUUUGAUUUUUCAGAAUCAUUUGAGACACUCCUACCAAAGAUAAUGCAAACCCAAGAUAGGCACCGUAAAUGUAAGAAUGGGCAACACGGCAACACUCAAGUUUGGAAAGAACAGCAGAGCGGUUUACCACUGUGCGCAUCUGUUCAUUAUACUAUUUGCGAUAGAAAAUAAGCGUACGCCACCUAUCGGAGUUCUUGGAAGCUGUCAAAGCGGCAUGUUCACUUUUCGCGAAUUUCAUUGGCAGGAACUGGUGGAGUGUUUCUGAACUCAAUAUAUAUGUUUCCUUCUUACUCGCAUGUUUUGAACAGAGAAAUAUACACUCAGUGGAGAAACACUUCACCAGUUCCUGCCAAUGGAAUUCGCUAUUUGUUUUCAUUGAUUCACAUUUGUUUUUUGUUCGUGCUUAUUGGCCAUAUUAUCAUAGACCACUCAGAAGGGUUCAAGUUGUUGCCGUCAGGUGGGGUGACGUGUCAUUUUCUAUCGCGAAUACGCCGUGUAUUUAACACUUGCGUUUGCGGAGUCUGCGUCAUAAAAUGGAAUAGUGGUGGGGACUUCGCGUAAUCCCGUUUCAGUCAUAUCAAUAUUGCCGGAUUGUGCUGAUUUUCUUCAACUUGAGGAAGAAAAGAACUCAAUGAUCUUGAACUGAUAACCCAAAGGAAGGAAAAUAUCCCUCCUGAAUAAAAAAGCACACUACUUUUUUUGAACGAUCCAACUUUAAUCCGCCUAGAUGAACCUUCUUCCUAAAGAUUAUAUUUUUCGGAAUAUCACUUGAGAAAACAGAAAUAAAAAAAAGCCGUUUGUCGCAGGCAUUGAACCCGGGUCGCUGACGUGGGAUCCAUAGGCACAGUCAACUACGUCACAUGAGUCGUAGUAACGGUGGUAGUAUGAAGAUAUUUAUCAGGUACCUCUUUUGUCUCUGGGCGCUAGUAUUCGGAUUCGAAUGAAGAACGAUAACUAGCAACGCUGCACUCCCCCCACCAUUCUAAAAUUUAUGGCAAGUAUACUCCCCAGACGCUACUGUAUUCACCGACU